AUGGACAAGUUAAUUGUGAACAUUGUCAAUUUAUCUGAUGAAAUUUUGCUUUAUAUUUUGAAUAAACAUAACAAUUUCGAUGUUUUAAAUUCGUUGAUUGGUGUUCAUAAGAAUCUCGGUCAAGUUCUAUGUGGUCUUGGUUUUACUCGACUUGUUAAUCUGACGUCAAUUGAACCGCUACGACUGAUACAUUCAAAAGCUAAUGCAGUACUUGAUCAAUUUUGUGUCGAUAUACUUCCUCGAAUUUCUGACAACGUCGGGUCUCUUACUCUGCAAGCGACUAUCUUGUCACAAGUUCUUUCUGUUACCAAGUAUCCUAAUUUACGAAAAUUUGUUAUUAACGGUUUCAGAAUUCGUAUGGCAUGCCACAUUUUCGAUGGUUCGUGA